AUUGUGUUUUGAGGUUCAAGUCUCUUUUCCCUUCAGUGCCAUUUCUGAGAUAUUUCUAGCCUGUGCCCAUGAAUUUUGUAGACCUGGGGAAGGGACUGAAGUAACAUCAUAUCUGAAGAUGUGCAAAUUUCUGUAAAUGUGUAGUUAGGCAUUUGUGUGAAAUGUGGUAACUCCUUUUGCUUCAAAUCACCUCUACCCCACUGUCCAGUCCCAACUGUGCAGGCCAUUUGUGAGUCUGUCUACAUGAUUUCUGCAGGUCCUGGGUUUCCGUAUCCUGUUUUCAUCCGCUACAAUUCCACCCACCAUCUUCCACACCAGUGUGUUCUGUAGCAGCCUGCCUUUUAGAGUAUCUCCAUCCUAUGAAGGGCCAAGCUGUAAAGAUGGUGCACGUGACAGACGUUUUGGCUAUCUUGAAGAAUCCCCAGCUCUUCCACCUACAUGAUCAAGAAGAGAAUCCAGAAACCAUCCCCAUAAGAAGUCCAGGGGCUCUGAAAGCUUCUCAUCAAACGUUUAGGCAUUUUCAGUAUCUUCCAGUGACUGGGCCUCACCCAGCUGUGAGCCAAAUCCAGGAGCUCUGCCGGCAAUGGCUGCAGCCCGAGACCCACACCAAGCAGCAGAUGAUGGAACGACUGGUGCUGGAACAGUUUCUGAGCACCCUACCGGAGGAGGUGCAGACCUGGGUGAGGUCAAAACAGCCUAAGAACAGCAAGGAGGCAGGAGCCCUGGUGGCCGGCUUGAUCCAAGCAUGUGGGGAGAAAGGUUUCCCUGCUCAGGACUUUGUCCUUGCCGAAAAGAGGAACACCAAAAAACAAAAGAAGAACACAGAGAUGUCUGAAAACCCCUUAUCUGCUGGACCCCAGGAGUUGGUGACUUUCCAGGAUGUGGCUGUGGACUUCAGCCUGGAGGAACUGACCUACCUUAGUGCUGCUCAGAGGAAUCUCUACCGGGAGGUGAUGCUGGAGAAUUACAGGAACCUGGUCUCCUUAGGGUACCAGUUCUCUAAACCCGACAUUAUCUCACAGCUGGAAGAGGAGGAGUCACAUGUGAUGGAGGAAGACAGUGAUACAGAGAUGCAUCACGAUGGGGAAAAAAGACCUAAAACCAAAGAUCUAACUCCAGAGCAAAGCCUGCCUGUGGAAAAGCCAUCCUUGGGGGUGGGAAUGGAGGAUUUACAGGUAGGUAACUUCUUCAGUGUCCACGAAGGAGAGUCUUCUCCUGAUGGUCCAACAGACUUGUACCAGGUCGACCAGGAGAAACUUUCAAGUUCUAUAAAGAUGAGUGAGCCGGAGACCCCCGCUCAGGAAAGAGGCCGUGACAGUGAUGGUUUUGAAAGAAGCUCAGAUCUCACUAAACAGUCAGAAGGUCCUCCAGGAAAGGACCCCCAGCAAUGUGCUACUCCUGGAAUUGUCACCAGCCCCCAGCCAGUGGUUGAUGAGCCUUUGCUCCAAGAGAACAGAGACAACAGAUGUAGAUUUUGUGAAAGAAUUUUUAUCACCCAAAGAGCUCGUGAGAGACAUGAGCAGUUGCAUGCUGGGAAGAAACCCUUUGAAUGUAAACGAUGUGGAGAAGCCUUCAACCUCAUGCCACACCUCACCAGACGUCAGAGGACUCAUUCCAGUGAGAAGUCUCGUGGAUGCAGUAAAGGUGGAAAGUCUUUCACCCGGCACACAAACACCUGUGGCCGUGUAAGAAUUCAGGGUCAGGAAGACUACUUCGAAUGUUUCCAGUGUGGCAGAGCCUUUAUCCAGGAUGUGCAUCUUUUCCAACAUCUCAAAGCCCACGAGGCAGCCAAAGCUCUUCCCCCUAGGUUGCCCUGCACUAAGACAUAUUUCAUUCGCUAUCAGCGGAAACAUGACUAUGUUGGAGAGAGAGCCUGUCAGUGUUGUGACUGUGGCAAAGCCUUCAGCAGGACUUCACACCUCAUUCAGCACUAUCGAAUUCACGCCCAAGAGAGGCCUUACCAGUGUAAGCUGUGCGGGAAAUGUUUCAGCCGACCCUCCUACCUCACUCAACAUUAUCAGCUCCAUUCUCAAGAGAAAGCUGAUGAGUGCAAUUCCCACUGAAAACCUCUAGUCAGAGAACAUUCUCAACAUCGUUGGCUUCAUUCUGGAGAGAGACCCUCUGAAUGUGAGAAGGCCUUCUGCCAUCCCUCACAAUUUCAUCAUGAUGUGAUUUUUAAAAUGGCGAAUAGUUGCAAGGGUAUACAACAGUCUUUCUGCAAAAGAAGAUUCAGCACGUGUGUCAGUAGUCACACAGAUGAAAAUCCUUACGAAGAAUAUCUUUGUUGCACAGGAAAGAAGCUAAUAGAUUUUGCCUUUCUUUGGUGGUAUUCGUGGAAUGGAAAAACUUCGUUUUAAAAAAAUUUAAAUCCAAGUUAGUUAACAUAUAGUGUAGUCUGGUUUUCAGGAAUAGAAUUUAGUGAUUCGUCACUUACAUAUAACACCCAGUGCUCAUCUCAACAAGUGCCCUCCUUAAUGCUCAUCACCCAUUUAGCCCAUCCCCUCACCCAACACCCCGCCAGCAACCCUUAGGUUGUUCUGUGUAUUUAAGAGUCUCUUAUGGUUUGCCUCCCUCUCUGUUUUCAUCUUAUUGGAAAAACCUUCAUUUUGACACCGUGACAAAAAAUUUGUGACUGGCAGUUGGGCUCCAGGCAGGCAAUCUAUUCCCAAGUUUUUCUAGAAGUGUUUACAUACAGUAACUUCACCACGUGGGAUGCGUCAACCCAGAGCAUGGUUAAAAAAGAUUUUCAAGCUGUGCUUAUAGUGAUUCAGCCACAAAGCUGAUGUAAUUGGUAUUUACACAGUACAUCAUAAUUUACAAAACAUUGCCAUGUAUAUUAUUUUAUUUGAUAUUUUAAGGAAUGCUGCAGUGUACCUAGUGAGCACAUCUGUUGUGUUUUUAUAGGUAAAGCAAACUUGAAAGUCCCAAGUUGUCAGUUGUGACCUAGGUUGUAAGGGAUGAAGUAGGAACUAAACCCAGGUUCUGUGGGGUUUUUUUUUGAGAUUUCAUGAGACAUUUAUUUCAUAUUUUGAUGUUCAACCCAGGCUUUCUUUAUUCCUGCCAUAUCCUCUCAGAAGAACAGGUAGAGUAGGAUACCGAGUUCAGCCACCUUCCUCUUGAGCAGUCCCGGCACUGUUUCAUGUGAAAUCAGAGGAAGACACUCACAGUAUUAGAGGUUCAGAAAGCUUUCUUAGGGUGAAGUUUUGAUGGCCAUUUCUCUCAGGAUUUAGGAUUAGAUGAUGACUUUUUGAGACGCUAACUUGUGAAAGUAUAUUUUUGCUAAACACUUCCUUGUAAUUGUUCUUAUAGAUCAUAAAACCAUUACUGAUCAAGUAGAGUUUUUUGGUAGUUUCCUAUAGUUGUCUAAGGGGUUGUGCUUUCUUAUUUCCCUUCUUCUCCCUUUAAACAAAUCUUGUUUGAGAGCUUUCUUGGGCUCUGGCACUGGUAGCAUGCCGACUUCACCUAAAAUCCUAAUGCAAUGCAGAACACACUUCCUUUUAAAGGUAUGAGCCCUGAAUUGCACUAAAAAUCUCUUUAAUGCCAUAUUGCUAUAAUGAUAAAGGCUCUCCAUCACUGCCUUGCCUGCUGGUCAAAUACAAAGACACAUGGUAACCAGCUGGACCUGGAGUCCCAGAACCUGACUCCUUGCCUGGAGGGGGGGUUGUUGCUGUUGUUACUCGCUGCCCAGCUUUUUCUCUUCCAGCCAUUUUGAGGCUGGUUUACAAUAGGCGGCUCCAAGGUCAUGAAACUAAAAACAAACAGGACUCAUCAGACCUUGAUGAGCCAAAUGAGCGUUAGCUGCACACCCCCCCUUCUUCAUUUCCAAAGUUCUUGAUGAAACAGACCUCAUGGGCUGGCCCUAUUUUCUAAUCACAGUCCCCUCUUCAACACACCAUAAACUGAUUGAUGAUCUUGUCACCACUACCAUAAGGGGAAACGAUGUCGAUGCAUCUCGUUCGUCAUGGUGAUGGUAAUUAGCCUUGAUGCCUUGAUUUAAAAUGGCGUGCGCUGGGUUUUUCUAUUGUAAAGUUGCUAUUGAUUUCCCUUUGUAGUUAAUAAAUUUCUCGCUGGAGAAACUUUGAGACCAUGCAAGCACAGAUCUUCCUUGACUUACAAUGAGAUUUUCUCCUGAUAAAACCUGGCAUACAUUGAAAAUAUCGUAAGCCAAAAAUUAAUUUAAUGUGCCUAAUCUACUGAACAUCAUAGCUUAGCAUAGCCCACCUUAAAUGUGCUCAGAAAACUUAUGUUAGCCUACAGCUGGGCAAAAUUAUCUAAUCCGAAGCCUAUUUUAUGAUUAAGUGUUGAAUAUCUCAUGUUGUUUACUGAAUACCGUACUGAAAGUGAAAACCAGAAUGACUGCAUGGGUACAUAAUGUUUGUGUGCUGGUGGUUUACUCUGGUUGCGAGGCUGACAGGGAGCUGGGGCUUGCUGUCACUGCACAGUAUCAUAAGUGAGUAUUGUACCACAUAUGAUUGCCUGGGAAAAGAUCCAAAUUCAAAAUCUGAAGUAUGGUUUCAAGCAAAUGCAUGUUGCUUUUGCACCAUUGUAAAGUCAGACAGUCAUAAGUUGAGCCAUCAUAAGUCGGGGGCCAUCUGUAUCCAGCUUCUCCUCAAACUUUAAGUCACUAAAGUUUAGCAUCUAGCAAGCGGAUCUUGCCUACAGCCAUUGUUACUCUGUGCAUUAUUACUCUACUGUCACUGCAAUAGCAAUGGUGAAUUUUUAUUUCUCUCCUUCCUUCUACACGUAGUAAUUAGAAUUCUCCUGUGAGGAAGAGUUGCCUUCCCUAUUUAUUUACUCGGUAAUUUUUUUUUAUAGCAGUAUGGAUUCAUGGAUAUUUACUUUAUCUCUUGGGUUGUAAUUUAGUACUAUUGGUAUUCAUUUGUUCAGAUUCUUUCAGCUUUGGCUGUAUGGCAUUGGCCAGCUUCCAACCCUGUCAUGUUGGCUCCUCGACCUUUUCAACAAGCUCCCGUUCUUUUCUGAACACUUCUAACUUGUUACACCCUCCUUAAUCUCUCUCCCUUCACUUCCAAGUAAACCCUGCUGUAACUUCUUGAUGGCUUCUCUCUCCUGUCCUGUGAAAUCUGCUUCUUUCCCCAAGGCUAUCAGUUUAUUCAGGCUCUUAUCAGUCUCAGUCAUUUCACUUCUCCCUUCACCAUUUUUGCAAAAUCUGCAUUAUAUCAGGAUUGUGAUUCACUUAAUACAUUUCUUUCAAUUGUCUCAUCCCUGUUUUUUGAAACUUUAAUAUACUACUUUAAAAGGAAAAUAUUAAGUCACCUCAAACAAAGGGUUUUACCCAGGCCGUAAUCAGAUUUCCCUGGUUGUUGCUAAGAUGUCUUUUUACAGUUGGCCUAUUUGAAUCAGAUCCAAACAUGGUCCACAAAUUGCAUUUGGUUGUCUGAUCUCGAGUCUUAAUCUACAGCAGUCUCCUCUUUUUAAUUUUGCUUAAGUUUAUUUUUUUUUAAGUUAAAACAAAUUUAUAUUAUUAUUAUUUUUUUUAAUUUAUUUAUUCUGAGAGAGGGAGAGAGCACAUGGGCAGGGGAGGGAGACAGAAUCCCAAGCAGGCUCCGCACUGACAUUGCGUAGCCCAAUGCAGAGCUUGAACUCAUGAACCCGUGAGAUCUUGACCUGAGCCAAGAUCAAGAGCUGGAUGCCCAACUGGCUGAGCCACCCAGGCACCCCUCCUCUUAUGUUUUAAUGCUUUAUGUGAUCCUUGGGAUAGAGAUAUACCUUCCUCCCUUCCCCACCCAAUUCCUAAUAUAUCUGAUAGCUUUGGUACUACUGUUAUAUUCUGGUUUAAUUUUAAUUUUAAUUUAAGUUUACUUAUUUAUUUUUGAGACAGAGAGAGAGAGCAAGCAUGGAAGGGGCAGAGAGAGAAGGAAAGAAAGAGAAUCCCAAGCAGGCUUUGCACCGUCAGCAUGGAGCCUGAUGUGGGGUUCAAACUCACAAAUUGUGAUGCUUAACUGACUUGAGCCACCCAGGCACACCUGGUUUAAUUCUUAAUUUGGAAGCACUUUUAUUUUAAAACAUUUUUAUUUUAAAUUGUAGUAAAUUUUUUUAAAAGUAAUCUCUAUAGGAGCACCUGGGUGGUUCACUCGGUUGAGUGUCUGAUUUCAGCUCAGGUCAUGAUCUCACAGUCUGCAAGUUCAAGCCCUGCGUCGGGCUCUGUGCUGACAGCUCAGGGCCUGGAGCCUGCUUCCGAUUCUGUGUCUCCCUCUUUUUCUGCCCUUCCCCUGCUUGCAUUCUGUCUCUCCCUGAAAAAUAGUUAAACAUUAAAAAAAUUUUUUUUAAGUAAUCUCUACAGCUCCAGUGUGGGGCUUGAACUAACAGCCCUGAGAUCAAGAGUUGGAUACUGCCAUCUCAAACAUUUUUUAAGUGUGCAGUUCAGUAGUGUUAAUUACGGUCACAUUAUGUUCAACAGAUCCCCAGGACUUUAUCAUCUUGCAAAACUAAAACUUUAUGCCCAUUAAGCAGUAACUCCCAUUUCUCCCUUUCCCCAGCCCCAGGGGCCAUCAUUCUAGCACUGUUUUUCUGUUAAAGCUUUGUGUGGUUAUGCAGAUAAUACUGGAAGAAACUGCCUGUUAUCCUGUGGGAUAUCCCCCCUUCUGAAUGUGUCUGCUUCCCGUGGUUUCCUUAAGCUCCUUCCUCUCUAAGUUAGCUCUAAGUAUCCGAGACUUAGAUUCAUCUUCAACUUCUUUGGCUAGAAUACAUCAUGGUGGAGGGUGGUUUGUACGCUGUAUUAUAUUCUGUCAGGAGGCACACGGUGUUGGCUUUUCCCAAAGGCCUAGCCUUUUCAAGUCAUUCUCCAGGCCACUGCACCAGUCACAGUGAGGUUUCAAAGCGUUCACCACCCUGGGUUAUACAGAGGCCAGCUGUUUAGUUCCUUCUUCAUUACCUCUUCUAGAUUUUCUCUGCAUUCCUCCUUCAUCACUGCAGCCUAGUCUUUAGACCCUUGAAUUAAGAGGUAGUGGAGACUCUUGAGGGGUCUCAGAGUGGGCCAUUUGUUGAGAACCCUGGGCCAGGGCUUCAUGCUUCUUGAGGAGCCUUCACUAGAGAAAGUCAGGGAGCACAACUUGACUAAGUCUGUUCUGAUGCUUUUCUCGUACCCACACUGGCAGCGGUGACAGCAUGGCAUCGCUCACCCUGCCUGUCACCCCUGAACUAUUUGGAACACACAGAAUAUGUACAAGCCACAGCUUCCAUAUUUUACAAACUCGAGCUCACUGAGAUGGUGCGUAUCUCAGCCUGUUAUUUUGGCUUUCAGCUUGCUGCUGUCCUUGUGGGCUUCCGAGGAUAAUGCUUUCCUGCUUCCCUGCUUUUCCCAUGCAGUUCCUGACAUCUGACAGGGCACUGCUCUUUUAUUUGGGCUAAUUUUUUAAAUUUUGAAACACUCAUGUUUUAAGCAUUUUUUGUGAUUAUGCACGUAAUGCAUAUUCCUUGAAGAUUAUAAAAUUUUUUUAAUGUUUUUAUUUAUUUUUGAGACAGAAAUACAGAGCAUAAGCAGGGGAGGGGCAGAGAGAGAGGGAGACACAGAAUCGGAAGCAGGCUCCAGGCUCUGAGCUGUCAGCACAGAGCCCGAUGCAGGGCUCGAACUCACAGACUGUGAGAUCACGACCUGAGCUGAAAUCAGACGCUUAACUGACUGAGCCACCCAGGCGCCCUUAUUCCUUGAAGAUUAUAAAAUAACAUGUUUUUCUUUGAAUACCUGUAUCUCUCUCUCCCAGAUAUACUUGCUGCUAAAAGGGAUAGAAAAUUGUCCAGAUAUUUUUUCCUAUGCAUAGAUCUAUAUAGAUUUUUACAUUAAAAUAUUUUUAUGAAGUAGAAUCAUAUCAGCACUGUUUUGAAGGUUGUAAUCUUUAUUCUAAUAUACCAUGAACACCUUCCCAUAUCCAUAAGUAUGCUCCUAACUUUUGUUUUUUUUAGGACUGCCUCGUACUUGGUUACGUAGGUGUAUCCUGAUUUACUUCACUAGCCUUCUAAGGUUGUAAACUGGGGUUGCUUGUAAUCUGUCUCUGUGUGCACAUUACUGCUAUAGUUACACUUCCCUGCUAUCUCUUGGACCUUAGCAUAUCCCUUAUCAGUCUGCUCUAUUGUCUUUGCAUAUAGUCAUAUUUCCUAAGAGGGAGUUCCCAGCAGAGGAAUUUUUGGGCCAAAAGGUAUGUGUAUCUUGAAGGUUUUAGAAACAUUCCUGGCCUCAUCCCAGCAAGGUCUGAAAGUUGUGAUUUUUUUCUCUAGGGAACUACUCUCUUCCACACCCCUUUUCUCCUUGAAGAAUUUUCACUAUGAACCCAUCUAAUAAUAGGAGUGAGGUCAGAGCUGGAAAGAGUCACAGGCAAAGUAGCUUGACCAGGGGAGGGGCAGAGAGAAUCCCAGGCAGGCUCCAUGCUGUCUAUGCAGAGCCUGAGUGGGCUUGAUCCCACGAACCAUGAGAUCAUGACCUGAGCUGAAAUCAAGAGCCGGACACAACCGACUGAGCCACUCAGGCACCUCUUGACAUAGUUUUUUUUUUUUUUUAAGUUAUUUAUUUAAGUUCUCUCUACACCCAAUAUUUGGCUCUAACUCAGAACCCGAGAUCAAGAAUCAUAUGCUCCUCCAACUAUGCCAGCCAGGUGCCCCUUAACAUAGUUUUAUUAGGUUUACUUUCCUCAUUAAACAAAUAAUAUGAAGCAUAUUAAAGAAAAUGUUGGAAAACAAGGCUAAUCAAUUUCCUGAGUCCCAGAAUCUCAACAAGUACAAGCCCAGGAAUGUAGUCCUGUUCACAGGUAGAAGAGCUCUUGGCAGAGGAGAGAGUGUGGGCUUUGGAGCCAGGCUGACCCACACCAAAUCUUGCCCCUUCUAGGAAGCUGACUGAUUAAAACUUGUUUCCUUAGGAAAUGGGGUAACAGGGCUUCCCCCUGGAACUGUCCAAAAGGCCUGGGGCUCAUCUGUGUAAAAGAGCCCAAUGGUGUCUGGUGAAUAGUAGAUACUCAGCUACCAGUAGCUGCUGUUACAUAAUGCUUUGUUUUCAUGUAGUUUUCACUUACUUUUUAAGGUUUUCUUAGUGACAGCAAACUACAGAAUCAUAAACCAGAUUUAAACAUUGAAACACAUUUUAUCGUUUAGUAAAACGAUUCUCUAUACAAAGAAGUUUAUCUUUGGGUGAAGGUUUCUCAGAACAUGUUGCAAAUCUGAAGUUCUCAUUUCAUAAUCACAUUUUCAAAAAGUGGCUAAUUAUAUAAAGGUUUGAUUCAGAGAACAUAAAGCAUUGUAUUUAUAGUUUUCUUAGAUUUCAAAUAAGUGAUAUUACUAGAUGAGAUGUGACGAACAUUUCUGUGGCUCUGGGGAAAGAGCCUGAUGAAUUUGUGUCUGGAGGGGCAAUGCCAUUUGUAGCAGAGGGAGGCCAGGAGGUCCAUGGGUGGGAAAUAAGUGACAACCGUCCUCCCUCCUGAGUCACUGACAGGUGCUGCUUAUCACUUAUGCUCUGUGUCCACUGCACUGGGAGAGUCUUUCACUCCAGGCAGACAAGGCCAACUGAGCAAAGUUUGUAUGUGCAAAGGAAUGUCUUUGCCGCACCUGGUGUAAAUAAGCAUUUGAACAGCUUUCCCAGUAGCUGGUGGAUAACUCAUUUAAAACACACCAACAAAAAAGUCUGCCUAUUUGAUAAGCCAAAGUAGUGAGUCUUUGCUUACUAAUGAAUUUUUCCCCGUAUGUUUUUUUAAAUUUCUUUGUGAACAGUUGAGGCUCUGUACCUACUUAGCUGUUGGGUCUUCAUGCAUUUUCUUAUUGAUUUGCCUGAACUCACUUUUCUUUUUUUGAAGUGUGCACUUCUGAAGGGUUAAUGUUUUCCAUUUUAAAGUAAUACUUGGCUCAUUAAAGACAAUUUGUAUUUUGCGGUACCUGGGUGGGCCCUGUUGGUAGAGCGUCUGAUUCUGGCUCAGGUCAUAUCUCAUGGUUCCUGAGUUCAAGCCCCGCACUGGGCUCGCUGCUGUCAGCGCAGAGCCUGCUUUGGAUCCUCUGUCCCUCUCUCGCUGCCUCUCCCCUGCUUGCUCUCUCUCUCUCAAAAA